GUCGACAUUAUUGUAGAAAAAGACACUGCUUAUGUCAUUGUGAAGAGGAGAGCAAGACUGAACAUGACAUUUAUAGCUAAGACGUUUUAUGAUCUACAUGCAUCUACGCUGGAAGGAGAAACAAUUGAUUUCAAUAUUUUCAGAGGACGAGUGGUACUAAUAGAAAAUGUGGCAUCACUCUGAGGGACGACCACCCAGGACUAUAUCCAGCUUAAUGAGCUCCAGAGCAGAUAUCCUCACCGACUUGUGGUCCUGGGCUUUCCCUGCAACCAGUUUGGAUACCAGGAGAACUGCUCUGAUGCAGAAAUUCUAAAUUCCUUGAAGUAUGUACGUCCCGGUGAAGGGUAUAAGCCUGCGUUCACCAUUUUUGAAAAGUGUGUUGUAAAUGGGAGUGAUACACAUCCUGUUUUUUCCUACUUGAAAGACAAGCUUCCUUAUCCAGAUGAUGAUCCUAUGUCACUUAUGCAGGACCCCAAAUAUCUGGUCUGGAAUCCCAUCAGUCGGAAUGAUAUUUCAUGGAAUUUUGAAAAGUUUCUAAUUGGGCCAGAGGGUGAACCCUUCAAGAGAUACAGUAGAAAGUUUCAGACUGUCAAUAUUGAACCAGACAUUCAAAGACUGCUGAAGCUGACAUCAAAAACACAUUAAUUGAUCAUGUGUCAUAAUUUAGUGAUGUAUUAACUCAACACAACAAGAUUGACAAUGGUUUUUAAUUCACAUUAUCUUCCAUGUUAGCAACAUUGUGGCAUCAUCUCGUUUUCUUUUAUAUUACUUAAUGAGAGUGACACACCAAAAUGUAAUAGGGUUUCACCUGAGAUUGUAUAUAUAAAAGAAUUAUAGAUGAUGCCAUUAACAAAUCCUCUGUAAUGGAAAUGUCUUAAUAAAAUAUUGAUCAACGCAA